AAUGGAGCCGGAUAUUGAGCCAUGGGACCGGUUUCGCGACUGGCUUCACUGCAUUUGUGUGGUCACGUUUGAUUUGGAGCUUGGACAGGCGUUGGAAGUAAUCUACCCAGGAGACGCAAUUCUAUCGAACACUGAAAAAAUCAAUAUCUGCUAUUUGGCAUUUCCAGACUCGAAUUCCAGUAAUGCACGAGACACAAAUUUUCAUUUCAGGAUACGCAGAGCAAUCAGUGACGUCAGAGACUGCCAAAAGUCGUUUGUCGACAAAUCUCCGACGUCUCUACCCUUUGAUACACACUAUUUAUACGGUUUUGUGCAUUUUCGGCAAUGCAAAGACCCGACAAUUCAUCGAGGAUAUUAUCAGAAGAGCAUCGUCCUAAUGUCAGUGCUCCCACUGUUUUCCUUGUUCUACUCAGUUACCGCCCGCAUCGCUGAGCAUUUUUUUGAAAGUGGAGAAGCAGCAAUUGAAGCAGCCUGCCAUCACAUUGACACGUGGCAACAGCCGCACGCUGGUCGGACUAUUGAGUUACCGUUGCUCGGUACUUUAAUCAGUUGCCGCCUACCGGCCGCCUGUGAUCUACCAUAUGAAUUCCGGCUUGAUGGACAUGUUGAGCUAUCAGACGAUGAUUCUCAACGCCUUGUCCGUCCAGAUUUCACUACAUCAAUUGUACAGCACGUCCAUCAUUUGCCACUGCUCUGGGAGCUUGUACUGCUCGGCGAGCCCCUUCUCAUCGUUGCUCCGACGCCAUCCAUCACUUCUGCUUUAGUUCAGUCAAUCGUUGGAUUACUGUCACCUCUGAGGAUUGUCAACGAUUUUCGACCGUAUUUUACGAUUCAUGAUUCGGAAUUUCGAGAAUAUUCGUCGAAAAGUCGAUCGCCACCCCGUGUGAUUCUUGGCGUAACGAAUCCGUUCUUCAUCAAAGCCCUGGACCAUUGGCCGCAUAUACUUAAAGUCGCAGAGCAAGGAGCUGAAAUUGGUGGAGACGAUAUGAAGAAGCCGAAAAAAACGUGGUCAUCCUCCCGAACUCUGGACACCCCAGCCGGCCUAUACACUCAAUACAAGCCAUUUCUCUCGAAAGAUAAAUCCCUCGCAAAGAAAUUACUCCGAUCCGGAAACUCGUUGGAGGUUCAACACAAUAUUCUACAGCGUCACUUCUUGGAGUUAACCCACAGUUUUAUGAUUCCAAUGGAGAGAUAUUUGAGCUCACUGAUGCCGUUGAAAAAGGAAAUGUCACCGUUUAAGGGAAUCCCGAGUACUCGGCCAUUUUCAAUGGACGACUUUCUGGCGACACUUGAGACGAAUGGAGGACCUUCACUGACGUGUGGAACCAAAGGAGACUGGCAAGGGCUCUACCGCCGUUUCAUAACUUGCUCCAACUUUGGCGGCUGGCUUUCAAUGCGAUCGCGUGACGUCAAUGCUCAACUCAAGACGCAUUACGUGGAAGCCCUGUGCUCUGCGGAUUUUUGCUCCCAAACGCUUGCCACGAAGCAUAACGUGGAAAUUGUGGAUUUGGUGCUUCGAAUACGCGAACGAAUUAUCGAAUGCCCGCCGGACACUGAAAUCCGCCGAAAUUUGGUCCGCCAAGUCGUGAAAAUUCUGUCAAACGUGGACGACGACCUCAAGCAGUUGCUCAUGUCGAAUUGCUCGUUGCGCGAGAUUUUGGCUUAAUUUUUUGUAUUUUUUUGCUCUUUUUUUUGUCAAUUUUCCCCUCUAAAAUACGUGUCUUGAAGCAUAAUUUUCUCCCCAUCAAGAGCCCGGAAACUAGUUUAUCAUAUCUUUGUGUGCCGUUUGUACUGUAAAUAAAUUUUAAUUUUUU